AUGCUUGACGAGUCGCCCGACCGCCCCGCCGAAGACGAUGUCGAGACGAUGCUUCUUCUACCUCCUCCUCCUCUUCCACACAGCCGCACACGUCGUCUGUCUAGACUUUGCUGUUCCACAGCUUCGAUUGAAAGGGGCGCUCGAGCCCAAGUAGUCGGUACAACCGGGCCCGAUUGUCCGGUUGGCCCGGCUCGAGCACAUUUCGCCUCAUCACGGCUUCGAGACGACACCUGCUACUGA